AUGGCCAUCACUCAAUCCAUCCUGUCUGUAAUUCAAUCAAUUUUCUGCACUGGUCCCGCCCACCUUCUGUGCUUUUCAGCUCUUCUCGGAACAGAGCUCUACCAAUCCUUCGUCAUCACCAAGAUAUGCUUCCUCGUCCUGCCAAGGAAACCCUUCACCGCACUACAAGCGAGGGUCUUUCCGGUGUAUUUUCGCAUUCAAUCCUCCCUCCUCGUCCUCCUGGCUCUCACUACUCCCUCCCGUGGGCUCCUGUCUCUCAUUGAACGCAAGUCUAACUGGAUCCCACUACUGGUUGGCGCUUGCACGGCGGCAUUAAAUCUCUUCUUUUAUGGCCCUCGCACCUCCAGAGCGAUGUUUAGUAUUGAUCAGCUGGGUACAGCGACGGCUGGUGACCGAACUGAGUCAAGCGAGAGAGAGCCGCUUAACCAAGACAAAGCUGUUUUGCGGAAGACAUUCAGCAAAAAUCACGCGGCCAGCAUCCACUUCAAUCUGAUCACAAUAAUAGCUACCCUUUGGUAUGGCUGGGGGCUUUCCACUGAGCUCGUUACGUGA